AACGCUUUCCGACAGAACAUGGCGACUUGCAUGUGAGGACGUUUAACAAGAAGUGGAUGACAGUGACAUUUAAUUGACAUUCAUUGCUGAAUGCUAUAUUGUUAUAACACAUGUUUUCACUUUCACCUUGGAUUUAGUGAGGAUUUGUUUGAACGUCUCAGGGGGUGACUUUAAAAAAUGGCGAUGCAAAGUGGAUCUGUGAUUCAAGAGAAGGUGGCCAAACUGUUGAGCAGGCAGAAUGGCAGACCCGUACUGAGACCCAUCAAACCUCUGGCGCUGAAAAAUGAGGUCGCGAACCGCAGGCUCCGGAAAGGAGAGGCCACCUGUGUCACGGAGAUGUCAUUACUGAUGGCUUGCUGGAAACAGAACGACUUUAACAACACAGUCUGCUCUAAAGAAGUCUCAACUUUCUACGCAUGUGUAGAAAAGACCCAGAUGCAGAACAAGGCCAAAGGAAAGCAGGGAGGUCAAGGUCGACUUUUGCCAAAGGAAGCCACAAACUUAUUGAAGCGAUAUCCCAACCUGGACAGUGAGAUCUAGGAUUACAGACAUAGCUUGGUCAAAAAAUUUAGUGUAUGACUGGGAGUGAGUGGACUAGCAAACUGAUGAGAACAGGGUGUGGAAAGGUUUUCUAAAAAGCAGCAGUGAAAUUGAGCAGGCAAAAAACGUUGUUAACAAAACUCAGACUCUGCCAAAUGCAGUUUGUCACAACCACAUCAGCAGAUGACCACAAAGCAAAUGAGCUGCAUUCACAAGGCUGUAAAUGCACUUUUGUUGAUUACUAGAUUUUACUAGCUACACUCCAAUAGGUCAUUCCAUAACAGUGCAAAGGAAGGAUCACUGGUCAACCCCAAAUCCAAAUACUUCACACUCUUAAUCCUUUUUGAGAGCCUGUAAUUUGUGUGGCAGUUUUUGGAAAUAUUAUUAGUAAUAUCUGUAUGUACCAACAUCAUUUCCUCAGUUAAUCUAGAUGUUAUUCAUUUGAUUGUGUUGGUGUUUCUAUAUUUCCCAUGCAUUAUUGAGCUGUGACUAAAUUCUCUUCCUGUGUCAUGCUCUGUCCAGCAGUAUAAUUUGUCCCAGCCAUAUUCAGUUAUCAGAAAAUGGAGAUCAAGGGAGAACUACGCAGUGCUGGGUCAUGUUACAUCCCAGGACAAAGUGUAUCAGUUUUGGCCAUGAGAACUGUACGAUAAUGACUGGAAUAAAUCUAAAUAACUCUUAUUAAACAUAUUAACUUACUAACUAUGUGUUCAUAUAUCUGGUACAGAGAGAUUAAAAGGAUAUUUUCCAGGUU